AUGAGAACUUAAAAAGCAAAUUAAAUUAGACUUGCUCUCAAAUAGACAUUAUUUAAGGGUAAAAAAUAUCAGUUUUAAUUAAAUGAGAACAUUCAUGUAAAUGAAAUACCAUCAGUUACUUUAUAUAAAAAUUUUGAUGAGAUAUAUUGUUAUAAGAACAAGAAUCUUGGUAAUGGAAUUAAGUAUAAUAGGUUAGGGAGCACAUGGGAUUGUUAAAAUAUGUUACAACAAAUUAGAAGGCAAUGUAAUUCAAUAUGCAGUAAAAAUAUUUCGUACAGGUGAUCCUGAAAUAAUUAGUACAAUUAAGAAAACCUUUAAAAUCAAUAGACAACUUAAUGAUCUACAAUGUGUAAUCAAAGCUAUUGAUCUAUUUAUCAAUGUUACUAAAGAAGAAAUUCAUCUUGUAAUGGAAUUAUGUCCAUAUCCUUCUCUAGAUAAAUUACUCUAAUCAAAAAAAUAACCAACUAUAAAAUAGCAACAAUUAUUAAUUUUAGAGCUUGCUAAAGCAAUAGAUAAAAUUCAUAGUAAAUGUGUUUGUCAUAGAGAUCUUAAACCAGACAAUAUCUUAGUUUAACUGACUGAAGAUGAUGCUAAAAUAAAAAUAAUAGAUUUUGGAGUCUCAAAAAAAUUUGUAACAAAAACUAGAAAUUCUACAUUGAAUAUUGAAAUGUGGACAAGAACAGGUUCACUAUUUUAUUAAGCACCUGAAAUAUUUGCUGGAGGAGGUUACAAUUAAAAAGGUAAAAUGAAGUAUUAAUGUAGUUGAUAUAUGGUCUAUUGGGGUAAUUGUAUAUUAGUUGUUUUGUAAAUAAUUACCAUUUUAAAAUGAUUAAAUUUUAGAUACAAUUGAAUUGAUUUGUGAUCCUAAUUAUAAUGUAGAAAAUACUACAUAGUUUGAAUCAUUGGAUUAGUUACAAUAGGAUCUUUUAAAAAGAUUAUUAAGAAAAGAACCAGAAAAAAGAUUAUCUUCAUCAGGUUCUUAAAUAAUAAAUAAAUUUUAGAAUUUAUAUUACAUCCUUGGUUACAUCCAGAUAAUUAAGACACUUUCAGUUUAUAGAUGAAUUAAGAUAAAGCUUAGAAUUUAUCAACAUCAGAAUAAUUAUUAGGUCCUGAAUAAUUAGAUUAGAAUAUGUUGUUAAUGAAAGAGCCUUAUUGUGCUAGUACAAUUUUAAGAGGUGAAGAACAUAAAGAGAAAAUAGAGAAAUUAGAUGAAUUAGGUAAUCAUAUUUAUUUUUAUUCAUCAUCAAAACAUUUGAAUCAAGAACCAGAAAUUAAAAGUUAAGAUGAAAAAUAGACAAGUGUAAGUUAAUUAGAUGAAAUGAAAGAUGAAGGCCAAAUUGAUAACCAUAAGAAUUUUGAUGAUGAUUUUGAAUUAAAUAAUUACAAAACUGUUGGUUCCAUUAUAUUGAAUUGA